CAGAAUGGGCGGCAGAGCCGGCUUCUUCGAGGUGGAAAUCCUUGAUUGGGAGACAAAGAAACAGCUAUGCUUCCUAGAUAAGGUGGAACCAAAUGCUACAAUUAGAGAGAUCAGAUUGAUGUUCCAUAAAUUAUAUCCUCGGUGGUACCCAGCAAGGCAGUCAAUAAAACUUGAUCCAAAAGGAAAGUCCCUGAGGGAUGAAGAAAUCCUGCAGCACCUCCCUGUUGGCACAACUGCUACCUUAUACUUUAAAGAUUUAGGGCCACAGAUAGGAUGGACUACGGUAUUUUUGAUAGAAUAUACAGGUCCAUUAUUCAUCUAUUUCGUGUUUUAUUUCCGCAUGAAUUUUGUCUAUGGACUGGAUGACAGGUUUACAUCAAGUCCACAUCCAGUAGUUAACUUGGCAUGUAUCUGCCAUUCUUUCCACUACAUGAAAAGGUUGAUUGAAACAGUAUUUGUUCAUCGAUUCUCCCGUGGGACUAUGCCACUGAGGAAUAUUGUGAAGAACUGCUUAUAUUACUGGGGAUUUGCAGCUUGGCUUGCAUAUUACAUCAAUCAUCCUCUUUACACUCCUCCUUCUUAUGGGAAAAAACAGAUAAAUUUUGCUGUGAUCAUGUUUCUGCUGUGUGAAGCUGGAAAUUUUUCCAUUCAUGUUGCACUCAGUGACCUCCGGAGAAAUGGAUCCAAAACCUGUAAGAUCCCAUAUCCAACAAAGAAUCCUUUCACAUGGCUGUUUUUCUUUGUAUCUUGCCCUAACUAUACAUACGAGGUGGGGACCUGGAUCAGUUUCACUAUCAUGACUCAGUGUGUUCCAGUGGGACUGUUCACCUUGCUUUGCUUCAUUCAGAUGACAGUCUGGGCAAAGGAUAAACACUGCACCUACUUAAGAGAAUUCAAGGAUUAUCCAAGUCAUAGAAUGCCAAUUAUUCCCUUUUUGUUGUAAGAAAAGAAGGCUCAAUUUGAAUAUUGCACAGAACUUCAAGAAGAAAAACCUCAUAAAUGUCCUGCCAAAUAAAUGAAUGAAUUAAAAGGAUUUUGGUGCAUGUUGAAUCUCCACUGCUAAGGGAAAUUGUAUGCACUUGAAAGCUACACUACCUUACCUUCAAGAAUUCUCAACUCAGAAGCACCUUAAAAGAUAAGGCUUCGUUGCACAGCUGCAAAGAAAAAGUUCCUGCAGUUCACUGUAACCUGACUUAGAUUUUCUGUACUAGUCUGUUUAGAUUGAUGGAUCAUAGAUCCUGAGAAGUCUGUGCUGAAGAGCAGCUCCAAAUUUAGCAGUGGCAUUCUGCAAGACAGAAACACUCUGGAAGGAGGACACACCAGCUAACUACAGAGCUCAGUUCAGCCAGCAGGGCCAGCUGGCCUCAGGACAGUUGCAUGAUCUGCCUUCUUUGACUUCAAGAGUGUGUGCUGCCUGGAGGCAGGUGCUUUGUAACAGAUAACAUUACCAAAGAAUAUGAAUGGUUCCUGGAAUAAAGAAAUAGGCGAUAUCUCAAUAACCUGAUUUGGGUCUAACACCUAAUUUGCCAAAACAAUCUUAAAUAAGAAAUAUUCAUGGUAUUUGUGAAUGUAAU